AUGGCGGCUCCGGAUUCGCAGUGCGCCUCCACAGAAAUCACCUGCGAAUCCGGAGCCGCCAUGGCCGCCUCGUUAGCCAACGGCGGCCUCUGCCCGCUGUCAGGUGACCAGGUGCUGUCGCCGGCGGCAACGCGGAGCAUGCUGUCCAUGAUGCAGGUGGCGGGAAUGAAGGAUUACUCCACCACCUUCCACUACAAGACGUCGGUCCCGGCCGUGUCCAGCAGCCACGGCUCCCUGCUGGCGGUGGUUCCUGGUGUUUUGGGUCUGGUGGCGCUCUCUCCGGAGACGGACGCCUGCGGGAACCCGUGGAGGGCCGUCCACUUCUGCCAGUGGGGCCCCUGA